UUGGUAUGCACUAAGCAGUAGAUCCUGCGGCUUUUGUUUCUGCUGUGCCGUAUUGAUAAUGAGUUUCCUAGUGUGCGUAGCUGUUUUAGUUAGAUUGCAUUCAGACCUUGUGGUGCUUCAUGUGAUAUCCCCCCAAAAAAGGCUCACUUCUCUGAGAGGGACUGGCAUUAGCAGGAGUACUGCUCUUAUCUGAUGCUCAGCACUAAUUUGUGAACGGAAGCGGAAGGGUCAGGAUACAGUCUCUCUGAAAACAGGGCACUCCAGUUGUACAAGACAAAUUUAAGACGCACUGCACUUUUGUGGAGUGCCAGUAUAACAGGCUUCAUGAUCUCAAGUAAGAUCUUAGUGUACCGUGGGCCUGAUGGAGGCACCAGGACAGAGACUUUCCGAAAUACUAGGAGACGUAAGAAAUCCCUGGGAGACUUGUACCAGAAUGGGUACCGGGUUAAAGCUGGACACAAUCAUGCAACUGACAAGGAGGACCUGGAUAAUUUUCGGCAUUCACUGGCAUCAUGUUACAGAGUGGCUUGCUACUGGGGUUUAAGAUUUCUACGAGCUUUACGACUCAUACAGUUUUCGGAAAUUUUGCAGUUUCUGAAUAUCCUUAAAACAAGUAAUUCCAUCAAGCUGGUGAAUCUACUAUCAAUAUUUAUAAGUACAUGGCUUACAGCAGCUGGCUUCAUACACUUGGUGGAGAACUCAGGGGAUCCAUGGGAAAACUUCUCAAAUUCCCAACCACUUACAUACUGGGAAUGUGUUUAUUUACUCAUGGUUACUAUGUCCACUGUGGGUUAUGGAGAUGUUUAUGCAAAAACUACCCUUGGACGCCUUUUUAUGGUCUUCUUCAUCCUCGGGGGUUUGGCUAUGUUUGCUCGCUACGUGCCAGAAAUCGCUGCUCUCAUCCUUAAUCGGAAGAAAUACGGAGGGAGUUAUAACUCGACCAGAGGCAGAAAGCACAUAGUUGUCUGUGGGCAUAUCACCUUGGAAAGUGUGUCCAACUUCCUCAAGGACUUCCUCCAUAAAGACAGGGACGAUGUGAAUGUUGAGAUUGUCUUUCUACAUAAUAUUUCCCCAAAUCUGGAGCUAGAAGCUCUCUUUAAACGUCACUUUACUCAGGUGGAGUUCUACCAGGGAUCUGUCCUCAACCCUCAUGAUCUGGCAAGAGUAAAGAUAGAGUCAGCCGACGCAUGUCUUAUUCUCGCUAACAAGUACUGUGCCGAUCCAGAUGCUGAAGAUGCUUCCAACAUUAUGAGGGUUAUUUCUAUCAAAAAUUACCACCCAAAGAUCCGAAUCAUCACCCAGAUGCUACAAUAUCAUAACAAGGCUCAUCUGUUGAACAUUCCAAGCUGGAACUGGAAGGAAGGAGAUGAUGCGAUCUGCCUUGCUGAACUGAAACUAGGUUUCAUUGCACAGAGCUGCCUGGCUCAGGGUCUCUCCACAAUGUUAGCCAACCUCUUCUCCAUGAGGUCCUACAUAAAGAUUGAAGAGGACACCUGGCAGAAGUACUACCUGGAAGGUGUUUCCAAUGAAAUGUACACUGAAUAUCUUUCUAGUGCCUUUGUGGGUUUGUCCUUCCCUGCAGUUUGUGAACUGUGCUAUGUGAAAUUGAAACUGUUAAUGAUUGCCAUAGAAUACAAGUCAGACAAAAGAGAAAGCAGAAGCCGAAAGCGCAUCUUAAUAAAUCCUGGGAACCAUGUCAAGAUUCAGGAAGGCACCCUCGGAUUCUUCAUUGCAAGUGAUGCCAAAGAAGUCAAAAGGGCAUUUUUCUACUGCAAGGCCUGUCAUGAUGAUAUCACUGAUCCAAAAAGGAUCAAAAAGUGUGGCUGCAAACGACUGAUAUAUUCCAAGAUGUCCAUCUACAAGCGAAUGAGGCUGGCAUGUUGUUUUGAUUGCGGACGCUCUGAGCGUGAGUGCCCUUGCAUGUCAGGCAGUGUACAUAGUAACAUGGACACCCUUGAGAGAGCCUUCCCACUUUCUUCUGUCUCUGUAAAUGAUUGCUCAACCAGUUUACGUGCCUUUGAAGACGAGCAUCCAUCAACACUGUCACCUAAAAAGAAACAGCGGAAUGGCGGCAUGCGGAAUUCACCCAACUGUUCCCCAAAAUUGAUGAGACAUGAUCCUCUGCUAAUCCCAGGAAAUGAUCAGAUGGAAGACAUGGAUGCAAGCAUAAAGAAAUAUGAUUCUACAGGGAUGUUCCACUGGUGUAUAGCAAAAGAAAUUGACAAGGUCAUAUUGACACGAAGUGAAGCAGCAAUGACUGUUUUAAGUGGCCAUGUUGUUGUCUGUAUAUUUGGAGAUGUCAAAUCAGCUCUGAUUGGACUACGUAACUUAGUGAUGCCCUUACGAGCCAGCAAUUUCCAUUACCAUGAACUUAAACACAUUGUGUUUGUGGGAUCACUUGAGUAUAUAAAACGAGAAUGGGAAACACUACACAAUUUCCCAAAGGUUUCUAUCUUGCCGGGUACACCAUUAAGCCGGGCUGAUUUAAGGGCUGUCAACAUCAACCUGUGCGACAUGUGUGUUAUCCUGUCAGCCAAUCAGAACAAUAUUGAAGAUGCUUCGCUUCAGGACAAGGAAUGUAUCUUGGCAUCACUCAACAUCAAAUCUAUGCAGUUUGAUGACAGCAUUGGAGUCUUGCAGGCUAACUCCCAAGGAUUCACACCACCAGGAAUGGAUAGGUCAUCUCCAGACAACAGUCCUGUUCAUGGGUUAGCACGACAGACAUCAGUCACUACAGGGGCGAACAUCCCAAUUAUUACAGAGCUAGCUAAACCUGGCAAACUACUGCCGUUGGUUUCACUGAGUCAGGAAAAAAACAGUGGAACCAGCAUUCCAAUGAUCACCGAACUGGUAAAUGACUCCAAUGUUCAGUUUUUGGACCAAGAUGAUGACGAUGACCCUGAUACAGAACUUUAUCUCACACAGCCAUUUGCAUGUGGAACAGCGUUUGCUGUCAGUGUUUUGGACUCGUUGAUGAGUGCGACAUACUUCAAUGACAAUAUCCUCACACUUAUACGGACAUUAGUGACUGGGGGAGCUACACCAGAGCUAGAAGCACUUCUGGCUGAAGAAAAUGCCUUACGAGGUGGUUACAGCACGCCGCAGACACUUGCAAACCGGGACAGAUGUCGUGUGGCACAGCUAGCCUUGUAUGAUGGCCCAUUUGCAGACCUUGGGGAUGGUGGCUGCUAUGGAGAUCUGUUUUGCAAAGCAUUAAAAACAUAUAACAUGCUUUGUUUUGGGAUCUAUCGACUGAGAGAUGCUCAUUUAAGUACAACUAGCCAGUGCACUAAAAGAUAUGUAAUCACAAACCCACCAUAUGAGUUUGAACUGGUUCCGACGGACUUAAUCUUCUGUUUAAUGCAGUUUGACCAUAAUGCUGGGCAAUCACGGGCCAGUUUGUCUCACUCUUCGCAUUCCUGUCAUUCUUCCAGUAAGAAGAGCUCAUCGGUACACUCCAUGCCUACGACAGGAAACCGCCAGAACCGCAGUAAGGCAAGAGACUCCCGAGAAAAACAGAAUGCGACAAGGAGCAAUAGAUUGAGCCAAGCAGAAAAGAAGUGGUUUACAGAUGAAGCUAAUAAUGCCUACCCACGGAACAUUCAGAUCAAGCCAAUGAGCACACAUAUGGCUAAUCAGAUCAAUCAGUGUAAAUCGACAGGCAACCUGAUCCCACCAAUCAGAGAAGUCGAAGAUGAAUGCUGAUUUAUGCAACACAGGAACUGGUCAUGGGAAAAAAAAGCCUAGCAGACAAGUGGCAGUGAUGGUCCAUUCUUCCUGUUUUGCUUACUGAAUCACUGGUAAACAAGUCAUGGAAACAGAAAGCACUUGUUAAAAAUGUAUAUCCAACUUUAUUACUGUAGUAGCAAAACCUUCCAAGCUUUGAGACGUAGAUUACAAAAACCAUAUUUAAAGCCCCAUUUAUAUUAGCCAUCUUUAUUAUUAGAAUGACUUUUUAUGGUGUUUUUGGUCAGACUCCCAUGAUUCAGGUCCUGUCAGCAACUGUGGAUGAAGGUCACUGCUAAUGUGAAGGCUUUCUUUAAAAUAGAAGAACAAAAUGUAUGGAGCAAGCUAGCCAAUUAAUUUAUCUUUUUAAAAGAUGCCUGUAAACCCAGAGCAUCAAUGCAUUACAUUUGCUAUGUUCAGCAGAGAUACCAGCUUUUAAUAUUUAAACUAGAGUGUUCAAAGGAGAAAGUCAUAUUUUUGUAGAAUUAACAUACUUUUUUUUAAUUAUUCAUGACCUGAACUAAAGACGCAGAUGGUCAGUUUCCUAUACGCAGAUUAAUCUUAAUUUCCAGUACAUCUGAAGCCCAUAAAUACAUUAUUAAGUCUGACGCAGUAAAAGCUCACUGGCGGUAAUUAGUGGUUUUGAAGGAGCUGUGAAUUAUAGCACUUUACAAACUGCAAAGCAGACCUUUUCACUUUGUCUCUAUUACUGGUAUUUUGAAUCAACACGAAUAAACACUAACUGAUUCCAGAAUGUUCACACUUUCAAGUCCAUGCUUUCUUGGCAGAUGUCAAAUAAAAUAACACAAUACAAAAGAAAAAAAUGUUUAGACUCCUUAUUUAUUGUAGUUUGUUGGCAGCCUUAAUUCACAGGAAAUUUGAAGAGUCUUCUAGCUAGAAAAAUAUCCAACCCUCACCUCUGUACCUUCACAGUAAGGAUGCCUGGCCAUGACCUUUGCACAGGAUGCCUGACUGUGACCUUUGCACAUUCACAAUAAGAGUGUUCAGAGCCUUGUACUUUCACUGAAAACAUGUCCAGCCCUAAACUAUAGCUUCCCACUACCUCUACAGUAAGGGUGUUCUGUUCUGACCCCUGUAAUUUCACAGUAAGGGUGCUCAACCCUGACCCAUGUACCCUCAGAGUGAAGGUGUCCAAGCUGACCCCUGUACCUUUGCAGUAAUAGUUACCAGCACUGACCCUGACCCCUGUAUGUACAUACUAAACGUAUCAGCAGUAAAGGUGCGCAGCCAUGACCUAUGUGUGUUCCCAUUAAAGAUGGCCAGCCCUGACUAAUGGCCUCUGGGAUCAUUUUAUGAACAGAGCAGCAUACAAUCUAAAUAAUCCUGCAAAAUAUGAAGGAAUCCAUUUAAUGCUUGCAUUUUUUUAUUCUGAACAUCCCCUCAACUGCUGUUCUUUAAUGGCAGUACAUUUUAGAAUUAUCAGUCUCUUUUUACAUAUAUCUGGUCAAGAUUUGCUAUACAGUUGUUUACUGGUGAGAGAGCAGAAUGCUGUCUGGCAAAUAAUUACUAAAGUGUUGUAUAAAAUUGGGAAUGCUUGCAUCUACAACUGUAGCCAUUAACUUGUACAUCACUUCUUUCCAAGGAGCCUGUAAAGGAAGUUGCUGUGUGUGUGCAUUGUGUGUGAUGCAGUACCAUCUGUGUUGUAAUGCAUUAGCUGCAUACAGAGCAGUCGGACAGAGGCAGGCAGUGCAGCACAAUGAUGACAAAGGUAGUUUCUGUAGGCAUUGGUGGGUAACUGCAUUGUACCAUGCAUUAUAGCUCAUUUGUAGUGUCAUUAUUUAGGAUUGCAGUACUGAAAUGAUUACGAUUUCAGUACUCAAAAAUAGUCAAUCAUCUGAUAAAUAUAUAUAUAUAUAUAUAUAUAUAUAUAUAUAUAUAUAUAUAUAUAUGGAGUAUUUAUUCUGUUACUGCAUUUGCUACAUAUAAUUACAUUUUGACAGCACUGUGGAUGCAGUACGACCUCACAGUAACACUAUACAGAAAUACUCAUAACAAUUCCAUUAUUCACUUUCUAGUUGACAUACCUUCUUCUAUUUCUACUUUUUUUAUUCUGAAUAAAGAUGACUCAAAUAAUGUUGCCACUUCUUGAAGUUUUGUGGCCUCUGCUUGUCUACACCUCACAUCAAAGUACCCUGUUUAUAGUACACAGGAUUCGGUCUAUGUUUACACAUCGAAUGGCACAUUCAUGGAACAGCCAUUCAUCGCAAACAUAGCAUUGAAUGUCUGGUUCCAAGAAAAUGCAUAUCAUUGUAAAUAAAAAUAUUGAACUGUUAUAGCUGGCCAACAGAAAGGAAGCAGAACAAAAUACUUACUUCUGAGUAAGGCAGGGAUAAGGAAACGUUUUCUUUCCCCACUGUAGUGGGAUCUCAAAGUUGGUAUAUAUAUAAUUGACGGGGGUAUGUAGGGCAUAGCCCCGCCACGCUAGAAGAGUUUGGUGUUCACCGAGUCCCCCUUAUAUGGGUCACUGUCCCCCACACCAUCCUGUAAUUAUAUAUACCAAUUCUGAGAUAAAAAUGAUGAUAUGCCUGUUCAAGGAAAGUGAUGUUCAAUUCUAUGUUGCCACCGUUCACAAAACCAAUGAGGCACUAAACAGUUACAAAUUAACCCUCCAUUGUUUCAGUUAACUAACAACAUGCUUUUUAAAAUUCCAUCCUGCAGAAGUAAGAGCAUUUAUGUAUUCAGUCAACUGAACAAAUAAUCAUAAAAACUGCAGCUUAAAAAAAAAAAGCAUCCAGCCAACUUUUAACAAACAUUUCUUACAUCUCUCCUUGUUCCUCUUAGGCUGUAAUUUUGAAAACGUUGCUGUUGGUUGAUGAAAAGUAAAGGGCUUAUUUAUGAGUGGAUACUGCCUCUUUGCUUUCUUAUGCUCUUGUAUUACAGGUAUAUGAGUUCAUGUGCUGAUGACUGCAGUGGUGAUGCAUUUUUAUUCAUAGUAAGUCUGUGACUACUAACCACAGUUAUGACAUCAGAACCAUGCCAUAACACAAAAAUAUGUCCUUAAAUGGUAAACUCAGACUGUAUAGUAAUCAGAGUUAUAGUAGAAAUAUAAUAUGUUCUGAAGUCUGGUAUAGACAAGAAGAAUCUGUUCUAUUUACUGGGUGCUUAUUGCUGGUAACCAAGGGUUGAAGCUAUGGUUAAUACCAACCACAAUCAUAUUUUCACAAGAGUAUUGAUAUCUCCUUAAAAUUAUAUUGAUAAUUCACAACAAACAUGGCUUAAUUAAAAUAAAUAAUGCAAUAGUUAUUGAGCAAAGUGUGGCAAAAGUAUGUUGUGAGGCACCUUCAAAGUAAAGGUUGUAGCUUCACACUCAGAAACAAAGUAUUUUACUGAGAAGUAGUCCCUCCGCUGAGAUUUGUACAUGAGGAUCUCCUUAUAAAGCAAAUACAGAAGAAAAGUACAAAACAUGCUUGGUAGGAUGUUUGUGCAUAAAUAGAAAAAAAUGAUAUUAUGCUAAUUAUCAAACACUGCUUUAUUAAUAAGCAAUAAAUGUAGUUCUGGUGGUCUGUAAAAAAUAUAUCAAAUAGCACUGGCACUUUUUUCAAGAAGUUUCUGUGUUACCUUUCUUCUUUGAUGCCAAUGAUUGGAUAGUGUACUUUUUUGUUUCAUUAACAUGGUUAUUUCUCCUUGUCUCAUAGCUUGAAAUGUUUUUAUUUAAACUGUAGUGUAUUUCUUUGUACCUCUUUGGCUUUGGAGAAGUAUUUGUAAAUGGA